AUGCUCUGGGGUAUCAGCUGCCGGGGCAGCACGGCCCAACCCCCGGUGCCUCACUGCACCCCAGGACUAUCGGGGCGCCCCUUCCCAGGGCCGACAAAAUCUCUGCUGAGGUUUGAAGCCCUGUGCCCUUUGACGUUAUUUCCAGGAAAUUACCACGACCUGUACCAGUGGUCAGUGGAGUCCUAUGCAGACUUCUGGGCCGAAUUCUGGACAUUCAGCGGCAUCGUGUCUUCGCGCAUGUAUGACGAGGUGGUGGACCCCUCCAAGGGGGUGGCGGACGUCCCCGAGUGGUUCGCGGGCAGCCGUCUGAACUACGCGGAGAACCUGCUGCGGCACCGGGAGAAUGACAAGGUCGCCCUCUACGUGGCCAGGGAGGGCAGGGAGGAGAUCGUGAAGGUGACCUUUGAGGAGCUGCGGCAGCAGGUGGCGUUGUUCGCGGCCGCGAUGCGGAAAAUGGGCGUGAGGAAAGGAGACCGGGUCGUGGGGUACCUGCCCAACAGCGAGCACGCCGUGGAGGCCAUGCUGGCCGCAGCGAGCAUCGGCGCCAUCUGGAGCGCCACAUCCCCCGACUUCGGGGUGAAUGGUGUCCUGGACCGGUUUUCCCAAAUCCAGCCGAAGCUCAUCUUCUCCGUGGAGGCGGUGGUGUACAACGGCAAGGUGCACGGCCACCUGGACAAGCUGCAGGAGGUGGUGAAAGGGCUGCCGGACUUGGAGAAGGUGGUGGUGAUCCCGUACGUCGCCCCCCGGGAGGAGGUGGACAUCUCCAAGGUCCCCGACAGCGUGUUCCUGGAUGACUUCCUGGCGACCGGGAAAGGGGACCAGGCGCCCCAGCUGGAGUUCGAGCAGCUGCCCUUCAGCCACCCACUGUUCAUCAUGUUCUCCUCGGGCACCACCGGCGCGCCCAAGUGCAUGGUGCACUCCGCGGGGGUAGGGCUCCCCCCGGCUCCCUGUUCUCCCACCGACCCCGUCCUCCCACCGCACCCCGUGGGCUGGAUGAUGUGGAACUGGAUGGUGUCCGCGUUGGCCACGGGCGCCUGCUGCCGGCUUCGCGCUCACCGCCCAGCCCGAGGUCAGCCGCGCUCUGGACCGUCCUCAUUAGCUGAGCUGAGUCUCCGGGUUGGCAUCACCAUCCUGGGAACCGGGGCCAAGUGGCUGUCGGUGCUGGAGGAGAGAGACCUGAAGCCAGCUGAAACGCACAGUCUGCAGACGCUGCACACGAUCCUGUCCACGGGCUCCCCGCUCAAAGCGCAGAGCUACGAGUACGUGUACACGUGCAUCAAGAGCAGCGUCCUGCUGGGCUCCAUCUCAGGCGGCACCGACAUCAUCUCCUGCUUCAUGGGCCAGAACGUCUCUCUCCCCGUCUACAGAGGCGAGAUCCAGGCCCGCAACCUGGGCAUGGCCGUGGAGGCCUGGGACGAGGCAGAGCUGUCGGGCAGGGCUUUCUGGGGCGGAAUGGUUCGGGCGCCGGCCACCCGCACAGACGCACACCUCCGGGCGCCUUGCCCUGAGCAGGAGGCCGCCUCUGCCGCCGCAGGUGUCUGGGCGCACGGCGACUACUGCAAGAUCAACCCCAAGACGGGGGGCAUCAUCAUGCUGGGCCGCAGUGACGGCACGCUCAACCCCAACGGAGUGCGCUUCGGCAGCUCGGAGAUCUACAACAUCGUGGAAGCCUUUGAGGAGGUGAGCGACAGCCUGUGCGUCCCGCAGCACAACCAGGACGGCGAGGAGCGCGUGGUGCUCUUCCUGGGCAUGGAGGUGGACGAAUGGCGGCAACAGACCGUCCCAGAUCGUGGGAUUUUCCUGGUGAGUUUCCCGCCAAUGAGCAGCCCCGGAUUAGUGGAAUUCUGCGUCGGCAUUAGGAGCACGUUUUAG